AUGACUAAAGUUAUAACUUCUGUGAUAGUUAUUACAGCUGGGUUAUUUAUGGCUUCAUAUUUGAUCGGUUUUAGUCCAUCUAAAAAUUUGGAGCUAGAGUCUAAGUUCGAAGGAUUCAUCAAUGAGUACACCCCUAUCUACACCACUGAUGCUGAGUACGAUUACAGACUAGGAGUCUUUGCCGAGAACAUGAAGAUUGCUGAAGAACUCCAAGAAUCCAAUCCUAUGGCUAAAUUCGGAAUCACCCCAUUUUCUGACAGAACUCCCGAAGAAAUGCAACAGAUGAUGGGACUCAGUCAAGAACUUCAGGAUGACCUUGAUCAAGAGCAACAGCAAGUCUCCAAAAGCAAUUGGUUGGUCGAGCGUUGGUUCCGUAAAUCUCACGACUUGACCAAGAGCAAGAACUGGAAGGACCAUUUCCACCCUGUACAGAAUCAGAAGCAAUGUGGAUCUUGCUGGGCGUUUGCAACCACUGCAGUGCUGGAGGCUCACAGAAGUAUAAAAGGCCUUGGCAAGGAUAAACUUUCUGAACAACAGCUUGUUGACUGUGAGCCUGCAACUCAUGGAUGCAAUGGCGGAAUCUCAGCUUAUGCUUAUGGGUGGUACAAAGAUCAUGAUGCUUGUUCUUCUAAUGAUUACCACUAUAUUGGCCUUCAAGGAGCUUGUAAGACUGAUAGAUGCUCUUCCCUCGGUGUACACGACGAAGUCCAUGGAGCUGGAUGGGUUAAGAGUGGAGAACCAGGUAUCCUUGAUAGAAUCCAGAAUCACGGACCCGUUACAGUUUCUAUUGAUGCUACAAUUUGGAAUACCUACCAAUCUGGAAUUAUGUCACAAGGCUGUUACAAAAAAGGAAUUAAUCAUGAAGUUGUCGUGACUGGGUUCAAGGCUCAGCAUUCUUCCCCGCACUAUAUUAUCAGAAACUCUUGGAGUGAGAGUUGGGGAGAACAAGGCACGAUUAGGAUCUUGUAUGGAAAGGGCGUUUGUGGUAUUCACAAACAAUCUUUCUACCCUGUUCUAAAUUAGAUGGUUCAAUGCAAA